ACAGUCACCUUGUCUCAGUGGGGUAUUGUGUGACCAAGCCAGAAGUGAUCUUCAAGCUGGAGCAAGGAGAGGAGCCGUGGAUGCUGGAGGAAACAUUCUCAAGUCAGAGCUUCCCAGUUUUCCCUUCAACUUGCACAUGGGCCAAGUGCACAAGAACUUCUGCAGUCUACCAUUUUGGGGAGCCGCCUGAGGAACCAGGUAUCUGCCUUCACCCAGCUACCAACACCUUCCCUAAAACCCCCAGGCCGAAAGCUCCCUUCCUACACCCCAAAAGCUUGUCGCAAGGCUUUAUGGGAAAGGUAGUUUAGCGCUGAUGACGGGCCACCAACCCAGCCGCGGAUUCUGCGCAUGUCUCCUGCAGCCUGACUUCCGUUUCCCUCCGGUGAGACGUGAAUUGCAGUCCUCCGCUCUUCUGGGGUCGGCGCCGCAGGACUGGGAAGCGGAGGUUCCGCGGCGCCGGAUGGAACCAAAAUCCCAGGGAGUAAUAUCCUUUAAGGAUGUGACUGUGGGCUUCACCCAGGAGGAGUGGCAGUACCUGAACCCUGGCCAGCGGUCCCUGUACAGGGAGGUGAUGCUGGAGAACUACAGUCACCUGGUCUCAUUGGGGUAUUGUGUGACCAAGCCAGAGGUGAUCUUCAAGCUAGAGCAAGGAGGAGAGCCGUGGAUGCUGGAGGAAAAAUUCUCAAGUCAGAGCUUCCCAGAAAUACCCUCUAAGUAUGACUCAGAUGGAAUUAGUUUCAACAAUAUUUCAGAAUUACUUAUUAGGAAAACUAACUUAAGAAAAAGUCUUGAUGAAUUCAAUGCCCAUGGAAGAUUACUGUGCAACAUUAAAUGUGAGAAAACACUUACUGGAGAGAAGAGUGAAGUUUUGAAAAAUAAAGCUAUGCUCAGUGAUCAUAUAACUCCUAUUCAACAUGAAAAGAUCCAGACUUUACAACAAAGUUUUGAAUACAAUGUGUGUGAAGCCAUUCUGGAAAAGAAAAUGCUCCGCCCACAUGAGAAUAAGAGCUCAGAAGAUAGUGGCUGUGAAUGCAGUGAAUAUGGGAGAACAUUCUGUGAUGACUCAGUCCUCAUGUUCCCUCUUCCUGAAGAGAAUCACUGUGAAUUUAGUGACUGUGACAAGUCCUUGUGUAGGAAGUCCACGGCUUUCCAACCUGGUGGUGUACAUAUGAAACACUGUGAGCAUAAUGAAAUUGAGAAUAAUCUUACGAGGAAGUUAUGUCUCUCACAAGUUCAGAAAACUCAUAAAAGACAGAAAUACUCUGAGUGUAUUGAAUGUGGCAAAGCUUUCUCUGAGAAGUCACAUCUCACACGACAUCAGAGAGUGCACACAGGAGAGAAAUCCUUUCAAUGUAAUGAUUGUGGAAAAACCUUCCGGGAGAAGUCAAACCUCACUAUACAUCAGAGAACACAUACAGGAGAGAAGCCCUAUGAAUGCAAUCAAUGUGGGAAAGCCUUUAGCUACAAGACAUCUCUCAGAGUGCACCAGAGAACACAUACAGGACUGAAACCCUAUGAAUGUUCUGAAUGUGGAAAAUCCUUCUGUACGAAUUCUCACCUUACAGUACAUCAGAGAACACAUACAGGGGAGAAGCCCUUUGGUUGUCCAGAUUGUGGGAAAUCCUUUUGUCGAAAAUCUCAACUUAUAGUACAUCAGAGAACACACACAAGUGAGAAACCGUAUGGAUGUACACAUUGUGGGAAAUCUUUUGGUCAAAAAAAACAUCUAGAACGGCAUCAGAUAAUUCACAUAGAGAAUAAACCCUAUGUUUGUAAUGUAUGUGGAAAAAGUUUCUACCAUAAGUCAGUACUCACCAAGCAUCAGAUAACACAUACAGGAUUAAAACCUUAUGAAUGUUAUGAAUAUGGGAAGGCCUUCUGCUUAAAGUCAGACCUCACAGUUCAUGAGAGAGCACACAUAGGAGAGAAUCUCUUCACAUGUUCAGAAUGUGGGAAAUUCUUUACUUGUAAGUCAACUCUCUCUCAACAUUUGAGAACACAUACUGAGGAGAAACCCUAUGAAUGUUAUGAAUGUGGAAAAAUUUUUUACGAUAAAUCAAACUUGACUGCACAUAAUAGAACACAUACAGGGGAGAAACCAUACGAGUGCAACAAAUGUAGGAAAACCUUCUGCCAAAAGUCACAGCUCACACUACAUCAUAGAACUCAUACGGGGGAGAAACCCUAUGAAUGUAGUGAAUGUGGAAAAGCAUUUUCCCAGAAGUCAGCUUUAACUGUACAUCAGAGAAUCCAUACUAAAGAAAAACCCUAUAAAUGUAAUGAAUGUGGCAAAUCGUUCUGUGAGAAAGCAAAGCUCAUUUCACAUCAGAGAACACACACAGGGGAGAAACCCUAUGAAUGUAAUGAAUGUGGGAAAUCCUUUAGUCACAAAUCAUCCCUCACAAUACAUCGCAGGACUCACACGGGGGAGAAAUCUUGUCAGUGUAAUGAUUGUGGGAAAAUCUUUUUCUGUAAAUCAACCCUUGAUAGGCAUCAGAGAUCACACACAGGGGAGAAACCAUAUGAAUGUGACAUAUGUGGGAAAACCUUCUCUCGAAAGUCAAACCUCAUUAUACAUCAGAAAUCACAUAGAGGAGGAAUAAAAUGAAUAUGGUAAAUGUUUAGUCACUUGUCAUUCCAUAUUAUACUUCAGAGUUACACGUUGGAGAAAGUUCUGUUGACAUACUGAAUGUUCAGAACCUUUACUUUCAAACCAAACUUAGUUUACUUCAGAAUAGUGCCAAGAGAUAAACCCAUAGGCUGCAACAAAUCUUAGGAUAACCUUCACUAAUAAAUGGCAUCCUAAGUUAUUACUAA